AUGACAGAGGGCCUUAAGAAAAAGGCGGAGCAAAAUUACGUCAGGCUCUUUGGGGAGAACCUUGAUUUGAAGAAGGAGUUAGCAAGAUGUCGGGAUGCUUUCCAGGACCUGGAGGAUUCAGUGGCUGAGGGUUCGAAGGAGGCCUGGAGGAUCUUUAAGGAGCAAGUCAGAGUUAUUGCUCCUAACUUGGACCUUUCUCCUCUUGACCCUGACAAAAUUGUGUAUGACCUUGUUAGCCAGCUUGGCUUGCCCAUUUGCUUGUGGGUGCUCUACCGAGGUGAACUAAUGCUUGAUCUUCAUGCUGGCUACCAGGUUUCUAAAGGUAGAGUUGGUGAACUGAGUGCCUUUAUCGGUGGUGAUGGAGUGGGGCAAGGACUGAAUAACUUUUUAGACUUUGCGUUUGCGAAUGUAUCCUCCGAUGGCAUGAUAAAGUGUCCAUGUCCUAAAUGCGGGUUUCAACUUAUGCAAACAAAAGAGGAUGCAUAUGACCAUCUGUUGUUACGACCAUUUUCCCCUGGAUAUAAUAUUUGGCUGCGUCAUGGUGAAAAGCCGGUUGAAGAGAGACCUAGAUUGGAACGAGUAGAUGAAAAUCCAAUACCCCAAGUGAAUCAAAUGCACCAAAUAGUCAACAAAGCAUUCAAUUUCAUGAUGCAACAUGGGAGUGAGGACAUCACAACAAUCAAACAUGUAGAAGAUGAUGAAGACGUGUUACCGUACUUGUAUGAAGGUCCAAGUCACGCGGCGCGGGAUUUUAAUGAUCUACUGUCAGACGAAGAGCAAGAGUUAUAUCCUGGAUGCUCAAAGUACUCCAAAUUGUCGUUCCUAGUGAAGCUUUAUCAUAUUAAGUGUAUGUGCGGUGUGAGUGACAAGGCAAUGACAAUGAUUCUUGACUUACUUCGGAACGCAUUCGAACAAGCAAAACUGCUAAGGACAGUGUAUGAAGCCAGGAAGACAAUAAGAAAGUUGGGUAUUGAAUAUACCAAGAUAGAUGCUUGUCCAAAUGAUUGUAUGCUGUACCGAGGUGAUGAUGAGAACUUGACUAUGUGCAAGAAAUGUGGGUGUUCAAGAUGGAAGCAUCCAAGAGACGGUGAAACAUGGAAAAAGUUUGAUGCAAAGUAUACUAAUUUUUUGACGGAUCCGCGCAAUGUUCGCCUAGCCUUGGUGAGCGAUGGAUUUAAUCCCUUUGGGAAUAUGAGCACAAAAUACUCCAUCUGGCCUGUGAUUCUUAUUCCGUAUAAUCUUUCUCCCUGGCUUUGCAUGAAGCAGACAUCUUUCAUUCUAUCCACGCUUAUUCCUGGGCCGAAAAUGCCAGGUAACGACAUAGAUAUUUAUUUGCAGCCUUUGAUAGAUGAGUUAAAGCAAUUAUGGAAUGGUGUUGAAACAUAUGAUGCCAAAAAGGGAAACACUUUCAAGAUGUGUGUGGUACUGAUAUGGACUAUCAGCGACUUUUUAGGAUUGGGAAACCUAUCUGGCUGGAAUAUGCACAGUGGGUUAUCCUGUCCUACGUGUAACUUGGACGCUAAGCUACAUCAAAAAUGGUGCUUCAUGGGCCAUCAACUCUUUUUGAAUCAGGGACACAAAUACAGACUAUACCAGAAUAGAUUUGAUGGUCAGGUCAAAGGUAGAGAUCCACCGAAGAAGCUAUCCGGAACAGAUGUAUUGAGGCAACAGUCUAAUGUGCAUGUUUCAUUUGGGAAGAGUUCAACUGUGACAGUAAAAAAAGACACAAUGGAGCAUCAGAUGUUGCGUCACAACCUCAAUGUGAUGCAUAUAGAAAAAAACGUGUGUGACAAUGUGGUCUUCACUAUCUUAAACGAUAGCGGCAAAUCAAAAGACAAUCUUAAAGCUCGUAGAGAUUUACAAUGCAUGGGUAUAAGGCCUGAAUUAUGGUCGGGGGAAGGUGGUAAAUAUCCUGUAAUAUUUGCGAUGUCAAAUUCACAGAGGGAUGUAUUCCUGAAGACUCUGCAGAAUGUGGUAUUUCCAGAUGGUUACUCUAGCAAUGUUGCUCGUUGUGUUGAUUUGCAACAACGCAAGUUAUCUGGGUUGAAAAGUCAUGACUGUCAUUUUUUGAUGGAACAAUUACUCCCAAUUUUGGUGAAGAAUGCACUUCCGAGUCCGGUGUCCAACGUGAUUGCAAAUUUGUCAUCAUUUUUUCAAGAACUUUGUGGAAAAGCCAUAAACUCUAUGCAGCUUGCUGAGCUUCAGAAUCAUGUUGUACAAAUCUUGUGUCAGAUGAAAAUAAUUUUUCCUCCAUCCAUCUUCACCGUCAUGGUUCACCUCACGGUGCAUCUCGUUGAUGAGGUUACUCUUGGUGGACCAAUACAUUAUAGGUGGAUGUAUCCAAUAGAAAGGUAUUUAGGACGUCUGAAGCAAUAUGUUCGUAAUAGGGCACAACCAGAAGGCUCAAUUGCAGAAGGCUAUUUAUUUGAGGAAAUCCUGACUUUCUAUUCUAAGUAUUUGGAUAAUAUUGAAACUAGAAUCAACCAACCAAGGCGAGUUGAUGAUGAGCCCGUUGAUGUUCUUCAUAAUUCAGGGGGAAGUAUGUUCCCAGCUAUUGGAAAGGCAUUAGGGGCUGUUUCGCAUUUCGAACUCACUCCAAUGAAAAAACAUCAAGCUCAUUGUCAUGUGCUAGUCAACUGCGAUGUCGUGGUUCCUAUGGAAAGUACGCUUCAUUUGAAAGAGCUAAAGUUGCUUACGUGCGGUCCCAUGAUUCAGGCAAGACGUUUUGAGGCGUACAAUGUUAACGGGUACAAGUUUAGAACUAUCACAAAGGAAAACGGGAUGAAAACACAAAAUAGUGGAGUAUAUGUAUCAUCUAAUACAAGAAGUUAUGCAAGCAUGCGUGAUAAUAGAUUGGCUGUUGGUGAUGUUCCGUAUUACAAAAAAAUUGUAGACAUAAUUAAAUUGAAUUACAGCUGUUCCUUCACAGUGGUAUUGUUCAAAUGUGUUUGGACUGAUACCACUACCAGUAGAGGCAUCAAACAACACAAUUUGGGGCUUACUAGCCUUAAUUUCUCUCGUCCAAUACACACUCGUAAUCGUGAAGAAGAUGAACCGUACAUAUUGGCAUCGGAAGCUCAGCUUGUAUACUAUGUGGAUGAUGAAGUAGCUAAGGAUUGGAGUGUUGUGGUUCAUGUGAAACCAAGGGCUUUGUAUGACAUGGGAGAAGAGAAUGAAAAAGUUGAAGUUGAUUUUUCUUCAUAG